AACUAUGAAACCCACAAUGGUGUUGUAUUAAUUAGUUCCUUGCAUAACUUGCGGACUUGUGGUAGGACAUUCUUUCCUCUAUGCAGAUUUGACAGUUAGCUAGCAGAUUGUCCAUUUUAUUUGGUACUUUCCAUAGCUUCAAGUUAUAUUCUAUGGCCUGCAAAUUAGAUCAUCGGUUUCUCUUUACGCCUCCAGUUUGUUUAUUAUUUCCUGAAAUUGUUUCUUUAUUAGUUCCAAUCAUAAAGGUUGUAACAGAAUAAUUUUUAGUUUUCGUAGCCAUCUCUCAUUAAAAUACAACACUUGGUAUUCAGAAGAUUGUUUCACACUGGCUUUAUUCAACUAUUUUUGGCACAAUAUAGUGAGGAAGCAUAAAAUUAGAAUAUAUGAUGAUAUAUAAUUCAUUAGAAAGAUAAACAACAGAUAAAGGCUAGGUCAUAAUAUUAUUUGGUUUUGGUGAUAGUUAAAUUGAUGUAUUGUCAUUAAUGCAUGCAUAAUAAUAUACAUGUAUAUAAGAAAAUUGGUGUAUUGUAGUUUACAUUGUUUGCUUUCUGUGAUAGUUAUUGGAAUGUUGAAAUAGAUAUAUUACUUUUUGGGUGAAAUGUCACUUGUACUCUUUGUUUUUAAUACUAAAAACAACACAUAUAAAAAUGUAGGGACAUAGUUGGAACAAAAGAAAACUCAACAAUCUCUACCAAACAAUCUCAACAAACUCAACCAAAACUUGAGAUUUAACUAUCACUCAUUUUGAGUGAUUGUGUCAAAUCAAGCAAAUAAUGCACGUAUUGUUUGUGCAGAAAAUUCAAAAAAACGAUGCAUUGUGGACAAUGCUUGUAUUGUAACUAUAAAAGCACGAAUUGUAACUACCCAAACAAAUUAUCACCAAAACCAAACCACCCCAAACAAACAAGAACCUACUAUAAAAGCAACAAACUGAUUAAACGCCCGCAAAGCAAUUGUCAAAUUGUCGACCCGCGGCAUAGUGUGGGCUAACAAGCUAAGUGGGUCAGUGGUUAACAGAAGAGGGAUGCAAUAUCCAUUUUAUUGCGAGGGUGGGUCAGUAGUUCACAAUUCUCCUACCUUCUAAGUGAUUUUGCUUAUUAAGCUUUCAGUUCUAUGUUCUUUUGACAUACUAAGUCCCUUACAAUUCUCAGAAAUUCUAAUUAAUAAACUUUAGCUCAGGGUUUGGAGUAUGUCAUGUGGUCUAGGGAAAAAAGUCCAUCUCAACAUUCUUAGGCUACAAAAUGAGAAGUUCAAAAUGGCCCCCUAAUCUAGUUUCAACUUUCGAGUAAACAUGGUAGUUGGUACAAUGGUACAUGGAUACUCUAAUUCUAAUAGGACGUGAGUGUAACUACUACUCAAUUUUGGGGGGCAAACUGUAAUAUGGAAACUCAGCUCAUAUACCCUACCCUAUUGAAAGAAAGAAACCCACAGCAGCCCCUGGUACUGUACACGCAGACACCUUUUACUGUACAACGUGACUGAGAUGUAUUGUUUCAAACUGGCGUGUCCUUCGGUGUGGGCUGUUGUUGGGUGAGGCCUCAUUGGGAUCUGACGGGGUUUGGGGGCUCGAUCGGGGUGGGACUGGUCGUUAGCUUCUGGUUGGCCUUAGUUGGGGUCGUUUGGUGGUCCGGACGCGCGUUGGUCAUCAGAGAUCGGUAUGUGACUUUGCCCCUGGGCGGGCACGCGGGACGAGGCCUCUGCAUAUACUCUGUGAGUCUAAUGGUGGAAGGGAUCGUUGUGUCUAGUAUGAGUUAAUUCGAUAGAAAAAUUGAUGUGAAAAAUGAAAAGGAAGAUUCCACGUCCCAUUCCGCUUGUUUCUUCGCCAGCUACUCAAAAUCCCCGGCGGCACGGCCAUUUUUAUUCGACGGCGUCGAACGCUAACCUCCGAACUUGGUUCGACAAGUAUUUCGAGAAGACCAAUGUCCAUGCCUGGAACUCCCUCAUCGCUGACCUUGCUCGCAGCGGCGACUCCCUCGAGUCACUUCGCGCCUUCUCUUCCAUGCGAAAGCUCAAUCUUAUCCCAAACCGCUCUACCUUUCCUUGCGCCAUCAAAGCCUGCUCUGCCUUGUCUGAUGUUCGCUCCGGCCAACAAGCCCACCAACAGGCUUUGGUGUUCGGCUUCGAAUUCGACCUCUUCGUGUCAUCCGCACUGAUCGAUAUGUACUCUAAAUGCGGCCAAUUGGGCGAUGCUAAAAACCUGUUCGACGAAAUUCCUCAAAGAAACAUCGUCGUUUGGACUUCGUUGAUCAAUGGGUAUGUUCAGAAUGAGUAUCCGCUCCAAGGUUUAUCCUUGUUUAAGGAGCUCUUGAGCCGUGGUGAUGACGACGAUGAGAGUUCAGUCGACUCGUUUGCUAUGGUUUCGGUUUUGACGGCUUGCUCUCGUCUCUCUGCGGAGGGGAUGACCGAAGGCCUACAUGGGUUCGUUGUGAAGUGUGGGUUCGAUAGAGAUGUAGGAGUUGGUAAUACUUUGCUGGAUGCAUAUGCCAAGGGAGGUUCCGUGGGAAUGUCUAGAAAGGUGUUUGAUGGAAUGACUGAUAGAGAUACAGUGUCUUGGAAUUCUAUGAUCACCGUGUAUGCUCAAAGUGGCUUAGCUGGAGAGGCUUUUGAAGCUUUCAGCGCAAUGGUAAAAGGUGGCCUCACCCGAUACAAUGCAGUGACAUUAUCCACAUUAUUGCUAGCUUCUGCACAUUGUGGAUCAUUGCGAGCAGGCAAGUGCGUACAUGAUCAGGUCAUAGUGAUGGGUCUGCUGGACAAUGUAGUCGUGGGAACCUCUGUCAUAGACAUGUACUGCAAAUGUGGGCAAGUUCAGAUGGCUAGGAAGUCAUUCGAUGCCAUGGAGGUGAAAAAUGUAAGGUCUUGGACUGCUAUGAUUGCAGGGUAUGGUAUGCAUGGUCUUGCGAGAGAAGCCUUGGAUGUUUUCUAUCAAAUGUUAGGGGUUGGUGUAAGACCAAAUUACAUAACUUUCAUAUCGGUACUGGCUGCUUGUAGCCAUGCUGGUCUGGUAGAUGAAGGCAGGCAUUGGUUUAACGUUAUGAACCAUCAGUUUCAAGUGGAACCCAGGUUAGAACAUUAUAGUUGCAUGGUUGAUCUUCUUGGCCGAGCAGGUCAUCUUCACGAGGCAUAUGAUCUGAUAAAGAGGAUGAAGGUGAGGUCUGAUUUCAUCCUCUGGGGUUCUCUGCUAGCAGCAUGCAGAAUCCACAAGAAUUUAGAGCUAGCAGAAAUUUCAGCUCAAAGGUUGUUCGAACUAGACCCGAGUAAUUCCGGAUAUUAUGUAUUGCUUUCCCAUAUAUAUGCAGAUGCUGGGAGAUGGAAAGAUGUUGAGAGGAUGAGAGAGCUCAUGAAAGAUAGUGGCCUGGUCAAGACUCCUGGUUUUAGCUUAAUCGAACUCAAUGGCAGAGUGCAUGUUUUCUUGGUUGGAGAUAAGGAGCAUCCUCACCACGAGGACAUUUACCGGUAUCUGGAGGAACUUGGGGUGAAGCUGCAGCGAGCUGGUUAUGUACCUGAUAUGACUUCUGUCCCACAUGACAUUGAUGAGGAAGAGAAGGAAGUAAAUCUGAGAGGCCAUAGUGAGAAGCUAGCAGUUGCCUUCGGGAUUAUGAACUCGGUUCCUGGAGCAAUGAUUCAAGUUAUGAAGAAUCUAAGGGUCUGUGGGGAUUGUCACACUGUGAUUAAGCUGAUAUCCAAGAUUGUGAAUCGAGAGAUAAUAGUAAGAGACUCAAAGCGGUUUCAUCACUUCAAAGAUGGUUUUUGUUCAUGUGGAGAUUAUUGGUAACCAUCAAUGCCAAUUCUCGAUUAAAGUUAUAUACAGUAG